UACGAUAUCCUUUCUCACUCAAGUCUCCGCCCCCUUCCACAGCUGCGUAAACCCUAUAGCCCUCACCGAUCCCUCAUUCCGCUGCCGCUUCCGCUUCCGCUCGCGUCCCACUACAGACCAGGACGACCACCGUUCGGUACCAGAUCCUUGUCCUAGAGUAGGGACAUGAUUCUAAAUGGAGGCAUGGUGACUUUGGGCAGCGCAGCACUUCAACUUUGGCCUUGCAGAGCAUCUAGUAACUCCAAUAUUUCUUACUUCUCUCGUAGCUCGCAUUCAAGAGCACGGGUUUUUUGUCGUUCUACAGAAUUUGAUCCUUUGCACACAAGAGGUUGGGCUACCUCAUAUUCUUCAAUUGGCUCCUCUUUUCGGAGAGGCGAUCAUGGCAAAUUUCCAAGCACGCUACCAGUUUUCCGUAAAUUCGAUACUGCACAUCCCAGAAAUCGUGUGGCUCCAAGGGCAUCGAAAGAUGUCCCUACGAGCUUUCGGUACCCUGCCAUGACCACAAAGCCGAGGUGGUGGUGGAGGGUGUUAGCCUGCAUUCCAUACCUUAUGCCCCUCCAUGAGACAUGGAUGUAUGCUGAGACUGCCUUCCACCUCCAUCCUUUCUUAGAAGAUUUCGAGUUCCUUACGUACCCAUUCCUCAGAGUUAUUGGUCGCUUGCCUGGCUGGUUCCUUAUGGCCUACUUCUUUACAGCCUACCUAGGCAUUGUGAGGAGGAAAGAAUGGCCUCACUUCUUCCGAUUUCAUGUCGUGAUGGGCAUGCUGCUUGAGAUAGCUCUCCAGGUUGUAGGUUCUAUAAGCCGUUGGAUGCCGCUUUCUGUUUACUGGGGCAAAAUUGGUAUGCAUUUCUGGGUUGCAGUUGCAUUUGGCUACCUGUUCACAGUGCUGGAGUGCAUGAGGUGCGCGAUAGCAGGCAUGUAUGCUGACAUUCCAUUCGUCUGCGAUGCCGCGUAUAUUCAGAUUCCCUACGACUAAGAUGGUGAUCUGUGUAGUGUUUAUGACUAUCAUCUAAGCGAAAUUUGUUGUGUGAUCUACCAUUCGGUGAGCACUUGAACACAUACUUUUCGUUGCAUUUCUAGCAUGUACUCCUUUGGAUAUCUCAUGUGAUGUUGUUGGUUGAGGCUUUAUCUAGUUUCAACAGUGUGUUUGCUACGGUUCUCUUGAGAUCA